GUAAUGAACUGGGUACCUCAUUCCAUAAAUCGGACGGCCCUGGCACCCGAACCACUUCUUGGCCGUUCCAUCUUCUUCACCCAAACUCGAAUUUCAGCAAGAAGAUAGGGAGAUAGGGUAUCCGAGAUUCCACCAUGAGUUCUACGGCGAAAAGAGAGGCCCAGUCGCCGGCACCUAAAUCACCCACGCCUGCUCCCGCAACUCGAGCUGCUACGAGAGAACUCACGCCUGCUCCCUCAACUCCAGCGGCUACGAGAGAACCCACGCCCGGUUCUACAUCUCCCGCUGCUGGAACAACGGCCCCUCUUCCGGGAUCUCACUGGGCUGAACAGGGACUUCCGGAAGAGGCCGAAAAUGAUGCGGAUUCAACCCUUGGAAGUGAUGUCGAGAGCUCGACUGCUUCGAUUAGUUCGAGUAUCCUCAGAUACCGUACCGUAAACGGCCGUACCUACCAUAGCGAUAGCGUAACAGAUGGGGAGUAUUGGGGCCCCAACGACGCUAAGCAGAAUGAAAUGCUCGAUAUUUUCCAUCAUACGAUGACCAUUUGUCUGGAUGGCAGGCUUUAUGAUGCCCCUCUUGCCAAGGAUCCUGAGAAUGCCAUUGAUAUUGGCACAGGCACAGGGCUGUGGGCAAUCGAUUUUGCCGAUAAAUUCCCUAACUGCCACGUCGUGGGUACUGACAUCUCGCCCAUCCAGCCUAGUUGGGUACCCCCCAAUCUAUCUUUCGAGAUUGACGACUACAACAAGGAAUGGGCCUAUAAGUCUGAUUUCUUCGACUUUAUCCACCUCCGGUGGCUGAUCGGCACCAUCAAAGAUUGCUAUGCUUUGUAUAAGGAGGCUUACCGGUGCUGCAAGCCGGGCGGUUACAUUGAGCAUAUGGAUGCAAACGCUACUGUCGAAUCCGACGAUGGUUCCGUAGAUAACAAUACUCAUGCCCUGGGCCAAUGGGGCCCUAUGUGGCAGGCGGCUGGAAGGAAGAUCGGGUUUGAAUGUGAUAUACUCAGCACCAACAUCAUGCAGAACGCAAUGAAGGAGGCCGGUUUCGUGAACAUAGUAGUGAAGGAUUACAAGGUGCCUAUCGGGCAAUGGUCCACGGACAAGAAGUUGAACGAAGUUGGUCUAUACUUCCAUGCCGUUAUGAACCAGGACCUUGAAGGUGUUCUAGCGUUCAUGUUUGGUAAGGUUAUGGGGUGGACUAAAGAGGAGAUCGCCAACUACAUCAAACAUUUGAAGAAGGAGAUAAACAACAAGGAUAUUCAUGGGUACUUCGUCUACCGCAAUGUAUAUGGCCAGAAGCCAUUGGAUGCUUAAUGUACGGCUGGGCAACAACACCGACCGGGGCUGGAUAAUCUCCCACGAUAGGCGGUCGGAUACCUCUACCUUAGGACAAGCUUCAUAUCUCUUUUUCUGUAAAUAGUCUGAAAACAACAUAGCUGAAACCUCGGAUGACCGUCGCA